CAUUCAAAUCUCUCCUUCACUGACUUAUUUUUUCUAAAAGAAAAAAAAUCUCUCCUUCACUGUUGUUAUGAGAAUCGAACGGUUGACAUCCCAAUCAUCCAAAACAACAGUAAUCCAACGGUUCAUAACCAUAAUCCCCAGUCCUCUCUCUGCUCGCUGCCGCAUACGUGAACAUUUUUUCCAUUUGCCAAGGAAGGACACGCCCAGCCUCUUCUCUCCCCCUCUGACUGACUCGGUUACCACUUUCGCUCGCCAUAACCUCGAGCAAACAAAUCACUUCUUUCUCUCUCUCUCUCUUUGUAGAUUGGAGCUUUCAGCGGAGGCUGGCUCAGUCUUGUGGGUGCAUCAGAUAUGUCACUAUUCUCCUCUUUUUAGAGACUGAAAUUUAUAAUAAUGGCAUCAAGAGCAAUCUUGGGGAGGAAGAGAUCCCUCUUCAGUUCCCUGAAUCAACCAGUUUGCUUGGUUAGGAGCUUUUCAAGUUUUGAGCAUGGGCAGCCUCCCCAAUCAAGUGGCUUAGAAAGAUCAAGAUGGAUUGUCAGUCACCCGUCUGAAAAGAAUUAUAGUAGCUAUGAAGGGGAUUUAUAUUCAGUUCUUAGGGAUGAAACUUUAACUCAUUUAGCAGCAGCUUAUCUUAGGCAUAAUUUUAUUGGAUCUUCAAAUUUGGGUUACAGGAUUGGAAAGGCAGAUUUUGAUUCUUCUUUAGGAAUUAGGUGGUUUUCACAGUCUGUUCGUUUUUCUUCAACUGCCACAGCUGGUCAACCUAAAUUUGGCGGUGGUAAUGACAGAAAUGAACAACAAGUUGCCAAGCAGGUGAAGGAAGCUUCACCAGAGGAGUGUGAUGAAGCUGUUGAAGAUUUAAGUGAGGUGAAGGCCAAGGCAAAAGCUAAGCAGGUGCAAGAAUCACAAAAGAUUUCUAAAUCAAUAAUGCAAAGAAUAUGGGCUGUGCUUUUGGGCAUUGGUCCUGCAUUGAAAGCUGUUGCUUCAAUGAGCAGGGAUGACUGGGCUAAGAAGUUUCGCCAUUGGAGGGAUGAGUUUAAGUCCACGAUGCAACACUAUUGGUUGGGUACAAAGCUACUGUGGGCUGAUGUUAGGAUAAGCUCGAGGUUACUGGUGAAACUUGCCAGUGGGAAGGGUCUUUCUAGAAGGGAAAGGCAACAGCUUACACGCACUACAGCUGAUAUAUUUAGGCUAGUUCCUUUUGCAGUUUUUAUUAUAGUUCCAUUCAUGGAAUUCUUGCUACCAGUAUUCCUAAAAUUGUUUCCCAACAUGUUGCCGUCAACCUUCCAGGACAAGAUGAAAGAACAGGAGGCACUGAAAAGGAAGUUGAAUGCUAGAAUAGAAUAUGCCAAGUUUCUUCAAGACACUGUUAAAGAAAUGGCAAAAGAAGUCCAGAACUCAAGAAGUGGAGAAACUAAGAAAACUGCUGAAGAUCUUGACGAAUUUAUGAACAAGGUUAGAACAGGUGCACGUGUUUCCAAUGAAGAAAUUUUAGGCUUUGCCAAAUUAUUUAAUGACGAGCUUACCUUGGAUAACGUCAGCAGGCCUCGACUAGUAAACAUGUGCAAGUAUAUGGGUAUCAGCCCUUAUGGAACAGAUGCAUAUCUACGUUUUAUGCUUCGGAGGAGACUGCAAGAGAUUAAGAAUGAUGAUAAGAUGAUUCAAGCUGAGGGCGUGGAGUCCCUUUCAGAGCCUGAGCUUCGUCACGCUUGUAGAGAUCGAGGGUUACUUGGAUUGCUUUCAGUUGAAGAAAUGCGGCAACAGCUGCGUGAUUGGCUGGAUUUGUCUCUGAAUCAUUCUGUUCCAUCUUCUCUGUUGAUUUUGUCUAGAGCCUUCUCUAUUUCUGGAAAAGUUAAGCCAGAAGAAGCUGUUCAGGCUACACUUUCAUCUCUUCCAGAUGAAGUCGUGGACACUGUUGGAGUUACAGCUUUGCCAUCUGAAGAUUCAGUCUCAGAAAGGAGAAGAAAGUUGGAGUUCCUAGAAAUGCAGGAAGAGCUGAUCAAGGAGGAAGAAGAGGAAGAAGAAGAGGAGCAGGCCAAGAUGAAGGAAUCUGUUGGUAGCCAGAAGGACGUGGCUUUGGAAGAGAUGACUAUUCCAACAGCUAGAGAAGCUCAAGAACAAGCAAGAGCAAAAACAUUGGAAAAACAUGAGCAGCUUUGUGAGCUCAGUCGUGCCUUAGCUGUUUUAGCUUCUGCAUCUUCUGUCAGCAGAGAGCGUGAAGAAUUGUUGAAACUUGUUAAGAAGGAGAUAGUGCUUUAUAAUAGUAUGGUGGACAAAGAAGGGACAGAAGAUGAGGAAGAAGCUAAAAAGGCAUAUAGAGCUGCCAGAGAGGAGAGUGACCAUGCUGCGGAGACAGCCAUAGCUGACAAGGUUUCUUCAGCACUGAUUGAUAGAGUAGAUGCUAUGCUUCAAAAGCUUGAAAAAGAAAUUGAUGAUGUGGAUGCCAAAAUUGGAGAUCGAUGGCGCUUGCUUGAUAGGGAUUAUGAUGGGAAAGUGACUCCUGAGGAGGUUGCAUCUGCUGCUAUGUACCUCAAAGACCACUUGGGCAAGCAGGGUAUCCAAGAACUUAUAAGUAACCUCUCCAAAGAUAGAGAAGGAAAAAUCCUUGUUGAAGAUAUUGUCAAGCUAGGCAGUGCAAUGGAAGAUGAUGAAACCACCGAGGAAGGAAAAGAAAAGCAUAGAGGAUAGCAAGGCGUUUACUGCAUUUUGUGACAGGAUCUCAAAAAUAAUGGGGGAGGAAGAACAUUGGAAAGAGUGAAAUUUUCUUGCUUAAAAGCAAAUAAAACAUGUUUAUACACAACUAGUUGGUACUAGUAUUCUUCAUGUGGGCUGUGGUACAGUGGUAAAUUAUAUACAUGUUACAUGGCAACUCUCUGUUUCCAUAUGUGAUAUAAUUAGGGUGGCCACUAGUCAAGUCGAAAUAGGCGCUUUCGAUUCAAUAUUUAAAGAUAGCAGAGUUUGUUCAAUUAAAGUUUUGAUUUAGUUUGA